GCACUUCUCUCGUGGUCCUCUUUCCCUCCACUGCUGCGGGAAAAGACACCAGACCCAUCGAACCCACCCAGUACCUGGACGUGGUUUCGGGUAUCAGACAGCCUCUUUCCAUUGUGAAUCUCCAUUGGUGUCCCCUGCCUGGUGGGCUUCAGAGCCAUGGCAACGGAGGAGAAGAAGCCCGAGACCGAGGCUGCCAGGGCACAGCCCACCCCUUCCUCUUCGGCCACCCAGAGCAAGCCUACACCUGUUAAACCAAACUAUGCUCUAAAGUUCACCCUGGCUGGCCACACAAAAGCUGUGUCCUCUGUGAAAUUCAGCCCAAAUGGAGAGUGGCUGGCAAGUUCAUCCGCGGAUAAACUCAUUAAAAUUUGGGGAGCAUAUGACGGAAAAUUUGAGAAAACCAUUUCUGGCCACAAGCUGGGAAUAUCUGACGUAGCCUGGUCUUCAGAUUCUAACCUCCUUGUUUCUGCCUCAGAUGAUAAGACCUUGAAGAUAUGGGAUGUGAGCUCGGGGAAGUGUCUGAAAACCCUGAAAGGGCACAGUAAUUAUGUCUUCUGCUGUAACUUCAACCCCCAGUCCAACCUCAUUGUCUCGGGAUCCUUUGAUGAAAGCGUGAGGAUAUGGGACGUGAAGACAGGAAAGUGCCUCAAGACUUUGCCUGCACAUUCGGAUCCCGUCUCAGCCGUUCAUUUUAAUCGUGAUGGAUCCUUGAUAGUUUCAAGUAGCUACGAUGGUCUCUGUCGCAUCUGGGACACGGCUUCGGGCCAGUGCCUGAAGACGCUCAUCGACGACGACAACCCCCCGGUGUCCUUUGUGAAGUUCUCUCCGAAUGGCAAGUACAUCCUCGCAGCAACGCUGGACAACACGCUGAAGCUCUGGGACUACAGCAAGGGGAAGUGCCUGAAGACAUACACUGGUCACAAGAAUGAGAAAUACUGCAUAUUCGCCAAUUUCUCCGUCACUGGCGGGAAGUGGAUCGUGUCUGGUUCAGAAGAUAACCUGGUUUACAUUUGGAACCUUCAAACAAAAGAGAUUGUACAGAAAUUGCAAGGCCACACAGAUGUUGUGAUCUCAACAGCUUGUCACCCGACAGAAAACAUCAUCGCCUCAGCUGCAUUAGAAAAUGACAAAACAAUUAAACUGUGGAAGAGCGACUGCUGAGUCCUGUUGAUACCACAUGAGAGACUGUCAGGAAGUUGACCUGGAUUGGCAAGAAACGUGGGUGUUGCAGAGGUGUCCCCUGGGUGUGGACCCGGGGGAUCUGGACAGGGGCCUGAUUUGAGCCUCCUCCUUGAAGAUGAUUUGGCCGAGGGGAACGAGCGGGCCCCCGGAAAGUUCUAAAAGUUGCUGGUGACAUUUCUUGCCAAUUCUUCUAACACUGUCUAGGGAAGAGCUCCUAGUCUAUGUUGUGUUCAACCAGAGUCAACAAGAAUUUUUAAUUUUUUAUUACAAAAGGGUGAAGUUCGAUUUAUCACGAGUUGUGUUUUUUUCCAGUAAAUGUUCCGUACCUUUUUCGAUAUCUCAUUACCCAGCGCAAACGCUGUGAGAGCCACUGCUGUGGCUUUGGCCUGCGGGCCCCACUGCAGGCCUCCCGAGGCCUGGCCCCCCUUGCGGUUGGGUAGAUGCUCUAACGACAUGGCUCUAGCUGCUCGUCCACCCCUGCCUGUGGUAGUUCCCAGUGUGUUUUCAGGUCUUUCUGGAAAACACAACACUGUAAGGUCAUUGCCAUGUAAAAACCUGUUGUAAUUGGGAGUUCAUGGUUCCUGCGCGACAGCACAGUGACUGCACCUGGUGGUCCCCUGUCUGUCUCACAGUGUGCAUGCGACAGUGCACCGCAAACUAAUAAAAGGUGGGAUUUUGUAUACA